CUCGGAGUGAUGAGGAGCAGAUGAAGAUGAAGAAGGUGCUGAAGGCGAUGUUUGAGGAGCACUGAGGAUGUGGAUCUAAUGACAGCAGACUCCAGCUGGACUCGGAUCGGAUCAGUUCGGACUCCGCGAAGGUUCCUUCGUCCACAGAAUAUGCCACCAUGAACCUGACGCUGAGCGCCGAGCCCGGAUUAUUCCUGACCAACAGCUCCCCGGGGAUGCGGGCCAAUCCCGUCACAGCGUUCGUCCCACAUGACCUCCGGACCGCCAAUGAUUCGCAAGCCACCAAUCUGACCGGCAACGCCACUCUUCUGUCCACCGAGUCACCGGAUCCGCUCGGUGGACACACAAUCUGGCAGAUCGUGAUGAUCGUGUUCCUAUGCGGCUCGCUUUCUUUAGUCACCAUCACCGGGAACAUCCUGGUCCUGGUGUCCUUUAAAAUCAACAAGCAGUUAAAAACAGUGAAUAACUAUUAUUUGCUGAGCCUGGCGUUUGCAGACCUCAUCAUCGGCGUGCUUUCGAUGAACCUCUACACUACGUAUAUAAUCAUGAACCACUGGGCGCUUGGGAACUGGGCCUGCGAUCUGUGGCUGGCCAUUGAUUAUGUAGCCAGCAACGCUUCAGUGAUGAACCUGCUGGUCAUCAGCUUCGACCGGUAUUUCUCCGUCACCCGUCCCCUGACGUACAGAGCCAAACGCACCACCAAGCGAGCCAUGACCAUGAUUGGAUUGGCCUGGUCCAUUUCUUUCAUCCUCUGGGCUCCGGCUAUCCUCUUCUGGCAGUAUUUCGUUGGGGAGCGGACGGUUCCUCCGAACGAAUGCUACAUCCAGUUCCUCUCGGAGCCGAUCACCACUUUUUGCACAGCGAUCGCUGCUUUCUAUCUGCCUGUGACCAUCAUAACCGUCCUCUACUGGCGGAUCUACAAGGAGACGGAGAACCGCUCCAAGGAGCUGGCUGAACUCAAGGGUUCGGGGAACCAGGGGAGUCCGGAGGAAUCCGUGCAGAAAUGUGUGGGGAAUCCGGGAAGCUCACGCAGUCACAGCAGCUACGAGCUCCACCAGAGAAGCUCGGGGAGAACCAAAAGGGGGCGUUUUUGGUUCUGGCCGUUGAAUCGGAAAACUCGGAAGAGUCACGGCAGCGAGACGGACCGCUCUAGCAGCGAUAGCUGGAAUAAUAACGAAACCGCCGCGUCCGUCGACCUAUCGGAUGAUGAGGAGGAGGAAGAUGGAGAAGCCAUGUACUCGAUCUCCGAAAACCUCAACCAAGACGCGAAACCUUCCAGAAAGGGAUCGGACUCCAAAGCGUCCAAAGAUCAACCCAACUCCAAAGACGGCAAACGCUUCGCCUGCAAGACCAAGACGCAGGUCAACAAGCGCAAGAAGGUCUCUCUGGUGAAAGAGAAGAAAGCGGCGCAGACGCUGAGCGCCAUCCUCCUGGCCUUCAUCAUCACGUGGACGCCGUACAACAUCAUGGUCCUGGUGAACGCGUUCUGCAACGAGUGCAUCCCUGAGACGCUGUGGGCUCUGGGAUACUGGCUGUGCUACGUCAACAGCACCAUCAACCCCAUGUGUUACGCGCUCUGCAACAAGACCUUUCGCACCACCUUCAGAUCCAUCCUGCUGUGUCAGUGGCGUCAGACGAACAAACCCAACAAACCGCAGCUCCAGCAGAGGCAGCCCGCGGCCGCUUACCGGAAACAGAGUCCCGCGGAGAACUAGAGGAACUGUGUGCGUCGUUUCUGAAGGGCUGUACAGUAUUAGUGCUGGGCAACGAUUAAUCGCAUCCAAAAUACAUGAUAUAUGUGUAUAUUUGAUAUACUGUAUGUAUAUAUUUAUUACGUAUAUUAAAAAUAAAUACACACACAUGCAUUUAUAUAUUUAUGUUUAUAUAUUAAAUAUAUUUAUAUAUAAUAUAAAUUACAUGAAUAUAUACAUGUAAAUAUUUUCUAAAUAUAUACUGUAUGUGUGUCUUUAUAUAUGCAUAAUAAAUAUACACAGUACACACACAUAUGUGACCCUGCAGCACAAAAGCAGUCAUAAGCAGCACAGCUAUAUUUGUAGCAAUAGCCAACAAUACAUUGUAUGGGUCAAAAUUAUACAUUUUUCUUUUACGCCAAAAAUCAUUAGGAUAUUAAGAUCGUGUUCCAUGAAGAUAUUUUGUAAAUUUCCUACCGUAAAUAUAUCAAAACUUAAUUUUUGAUUAGUAAUAUGCAUUGCUUAGAACUUCAUUUGGAAAACUUUAAAGGCGAUUUUCCUGAAUAUUUAGAUUUUUUUGCACCCUCAGAUUCCAGAUUCCAUUUAUUCAGCUUUCAGAUGAUGUAUAAAUCUCAGUUUCAAAAAAUCGACCCUUAUGACUGGUUUUGUGGUCCGAGGUCACAUAUAUUAUAUAAACAAAAACUUUUAUUUUGUAUGCGAUUAAUCAUGAUUAAUUGUUGCCCAGCACUAGUUUAUAGGUGCCUCAGUUAAAGCCGGACACGAUGGAUUGUGUGACUUCAGAAUCAUCCUCUUAAAAUGUCUGCUGCACCGUGUACAGAUAAAACUACGCAAAUGAGACAUUUUCUUUCCUGUGUUGACGUAUUUUCUACUGAAACAGAGAGUCGGGUGGGACAUGCGGUAUUUAAGGGCUCAUGUUUUUUAACCCUCUGGUGUUGUUUGGUCAUUUUAGACCGAAAAAAAUGUUUGGAAAUUUAAAAAAUCGUUACUUCAUCGAAAAAAAAAAAAAAAAUUAAAAUUGUGUUCAUGAUUUGAAAAAGCUAAAUGGUCGUUAAAAAAAAAUAGUCCCAUUUGUGUUGUUCGCGCCGUAGGAAAUGAAUGGGAAAUAGGCUAAAAAAAUUAAAAAAAAUACAAAGAUAUUUCUGUGUGUACAAUCUAUAAAUCAGCCACAAUGCAGAAAAAAAGUGCAUAGCAAUAAAGAGGUGACAAAACUUAAGUAAUUAUGCCUGAAAACACUGCUCAGUAACUAAGGAAUGCACAGCACUGAAUAUAUACGGCUAUACUGGCAUCUAAUGGCUACUCCAUGGUAUUACAGAUUAUUUUCUUUAUUUUUUUUCACAAGGUGGAACACAUCUGUCUCCAUUCAAUGAAUUUUAAAUACUUUUGGUCUAUUUUUAACUUAAAUACUGCAUUAAUUGAAAAAUUAUAUAAUUUUUUUUUUUACAAUUUAUACAGAAAAUAGUCCAUAAUUUAGAUAUGGAUAUUAAUUAGUAACAUGAAACACACUCAAAAUACAAAAUAUUAAAGAAAAAAACUAUAUUGAAAUGUAUAGUCGUGAAUAACACGACUCCCAAAUGAACAAUGCCAGAGGGUUAAACAUUAUUUUCUCACAGGUUUGGCUCAUAAUGUAGGCUACAUAAAAUAGGUUUCAUUGUGACUUUAAUUUAAUGCUAAAGGAAGAGUUCACCCAAAAAUGAUCAUUCUGUCAUUAUUUACACAUCCUCAAAGCUUUCUGUCUUCUGCUGAACACAAAAGAAGAUAUUUUGAAGAAUGUUGGGAACCAAAAAGUAGCUGCUAGUCAUUGACCUCCGUAGUAUGAAGAAAAUACUAACAUUUUUGGGUGAACUAUCCCUGUUCACAUUCACUGAUCUGGUUUAUGUGUUUCAUUGGGGUUUAUGUGGAUGUUUUGUGAUGCUCCAAGUCGUGGUUCUCUGUGAUUUUGUACUGUUUUACUGCUGAAACGAACUCUACUGGGUUUGAUUUCGCCCUCGUGAAUGUUUUAAAAAUGUAUUUCCACUUUAAGUCAAGUGCACACUACAAAACCAAAGCACUUCAUGUUUUUAGGGUAACACUUUAUUUCGAUAGUCCACUUUAGACAUUCUGCAAACUUUAAGUAUCUUUGCAAAUACAUGUCAACUAGCAGUCAUUAGAGUAUUAAUAGAUCGUCUGCUGAAUAUCUGCUAAUACAGAGACAUUCUACUGAUUACAUGUAAUCAAAUUAAGUAUUAGAUUGUACUACAUUUUAAAACACUUCAUGAUGUUAAAGAACAGAAUAUAUUUUCUUUUUAUGCCAAAAGUAAUCUAAAAUAGUUUCCAAAUAUGUGUAAUCCAAUAUAUUAUAUGACAAACUUGUAAUUAGUAACAGAUUACAAUUUGUAAGUAAUCUACCCUGCACUGACUAUAAGUAUUUUCGCAAGUAUAUGUCAACUUAUUCUACUAACCCUAACUAAACAGUCUACUAAUACUCUACUGACAUAAGUUACUUACAGUUAGUAUAAUGUCCUAAGCGGACUAUUGUAAUAAAGUGUGACUGUUUUUAAUUUGUGAGAAUGCAGCAAAAAACUCCAGACUGCAAAGUUGUAAUUUAUAAUGCAAAAACUAAGUACUGAAGUACAAUUAAAUGUGGAAACUUUAUUUCAAAUAAAUCAUUGGCUAGAUACUUGUGUAAAAUGUUGAGAUUAAAAGAACGAUUCCUCUGUACUUUUAACCCCCUGAGAGCAGAAAGGAGCCAGUAAACCGGCGAGAGCGUGAAGCAGCGCCAGCGGAGGGCGAGGCCGUGGGAAGACAGAGCCAAAAAAAACCUGCUGCCCACGUCUCCUUAACCGCCAUCGCAUCCCUGAUUUUUGGCUUCUUUUUCCUGUUCUGUGCAAAUCUGUGUAAAAACAAGUGCAAAACCCUCCUGCAUUCUGAGAAGAAUAAGCUGCGAGAACUCAUACUGCAAAUGCAAUAAAUGCAAUGCAAGUCACUUUGGAUUUAAGCAUCUGCUCUUGCAUAAAUGUAAAUGGCUCAAACAGUAGAUCAUGGCUUGCAACAGCAAGGUCAUGGGUUCGAUUCCCAGAGAAUGCAUGAACUGAUCCAGUGUAUAUCUUAAAUGCAGUGCAAGUAACUUUGGAUAAAAUCAUCUGUCAAAUGCAUAAAUGUAAAUGGCUUGCGACAGCAAUGUUAUGGGUUCAAUUCCCAGGGAAUGCAUGAACAGAUAAAAUGUAGACCUUGAAUGCUGUGGAUAAAAGUGUCUGCCAGUUGCAUAAAUGUAAAUGGGUGUAAACCAAUAUGACACAAAACACAAAGCUGUGAGUGUUAAAUGUCCUUCAGUCUUGUAGUGUGCACUUGGCCAGUUUUAGUGUGCACUUGGCUAGUUGAACUAAGUUCAGUCGUGACCUCACUGAACAAAUGCUGCUGUUGCACCGACACACUUUUGAACAGUUCAGAAGGAUUUUAUCCUCUUCUUUAUGUUUUUAGAGCAGAAAAUGAGUGCAAAAACAACUUCAAGCUGGUUCAGGAGUGUCUGCAGCCACAAAAAAACACAAAAAAACACAAAAAAACCUCUAUAAAUGUACAAUGUGGGAGGAAAAUGAUCAAUAAUGAAUUCCUCUUUUAUUUGUGAUAUGUAAUAUUUGAUUAUUGUGUUCUAUGCAUAUCUGGUUGGGAGUUUAGUGCCUGUUUCUGUCAGAUUAUGUAGUUCAGAUUGUGUUUGAAUGCGAAAACAAGAUGGAGUGGCGUUUGAUUACAAAUAAAUAAAUAUGGUGUGUUUUUAUAUGGUUAGAAAACAAUAUGCCCUCAAAAACAUGUAAAUGACUCUGAAAAUAAACUAAGAUCUCUGAUUAUGAUGGGGAUUUCAGAUUUACUCUUGGUAAAAAGUGUAUUUUUCACAGAGAUUUGAACGACUGCCUGAUAAUAUCUGUCUGUCCUGUGAAUAUUUGUAGUUUUUCGAGUAUGUUUGGAGUAAAAGAUCCCUUGGUCAGAGAUCAUGUGUAUUACACGCUGCUGUAACAGCAACAGAUGGCUCUGAUUGUCCAGAUACAGUUUUGUUGUUUAUGUGAUUCAGGUGGUCUGACUUGAGAAGUUAAAAUCUCUAAAAAUUGACAUUUUUACAAGAUCGCAGAUCAAAUAUACAGUCACACUUCCCUCUAGUGGUCAUAAUAAAAUUCCUAAAGUUAUAUAUAAAUACAACAGUUAUUUAUUUUGUGAUCUGAAAGCGUAAGAUUGUUAAACACACACUUUCUGAAACACUUUGGUUCACUGUUUUUUUUUAUUCAGGACAAUAUACAUCUUUAUA